UCUAGCGCCCCCUGUGGCUGGAGCCAGCCAGAACAUCAUGGCGAUUGAUGGUGGAGAUCGUCACUGUGGAGUUCACGAGCUGAUCUGCAUCAGAAAAGUUUCUCCGGAGGUUCUGGGCUUCCUGACGGCCAUCGCGCUCUUCAUCAUCCUCAUGACCUUCCUCUUCUGGUUCCUCAACAACAAGCUGGUUCUGCAGAACCCGGCCAGCCUGCAAUGCCUCGACGAUUUCAGGAAGAACCCGGAGCCGCAAGCAGAAACGGCGUCCUGCGGCAGCAGUGACUCUUCGGACAGCGACGGCGAGCUGCUGGGUCGGUACCAGGAGGCGGUGGGCCGAUCCCAGGGCCUCAGGGGAGCGGCGGGCGCCGCCGCCCGGGGGGGCUUCGGGUGGGACGGCCGGCAGAACUACAGAGCCCUGACCGGAGACGGCUACAGCAGCGAGGCCUCGGCGGACGAUGCCAACUGCAUCCAGAGGAUGAGGAGAACGCCGCCGCUGGACGAGCUCCAGCCGCCGCCCUACCAGGACGAGAACGGCUCUCCCAGGAUGUCCUGCACGCUGUCGGACCUGGGCGACGCCAAGUGCGACCUGUCCCAGACCAGCGGCAGUCCUCACCUGUCCUUUGGGAAGUGCCUGAGCGACGGCAGCGACGGCCAGGAGAGCGAAGGCUACCUGAACAAAGGCUAUGAGGAGGACGCCCCCAGCGACAGCACGGCCAUUCUCAGCCCUGAGGACACGUCGGCCCGCGGCUCAGCCGCACGCUUCCCAAAAGGCUACGAACCCGAUGCCCUCGCCAAGUACGGCACCCUGGAUGUGGUGUUUGACUACGAUUCUGAGGAGCAGCAGCUGACCGUGACCAUCAUGGCGGUGACCGACCUGCCGUCCGUCAAACGCACGGGGAACUUCUCCUGGCAGGUGCACCUGGUGCUGCUGCCCACCAAGAAGCAGCGGGCCAAGACGGCCGUCCAGCGAGGGCCCGGCCCCGUCUUCACCGAGACCUUCCGCUUCAGCCACGUGGAGACAGACAUGAUAGGCAACUAUGCAGUCCGUUUCCGCCUCUACAGCAUCCGACGCAUUAAGAAGGAGAAGGUGUUUGGAGAAAAGGUCUUCUACCUCACCAAGCUCAACCUCCAGGGCAAAAUGUCUGUGCCAGUCAUCCUGGAUCCAUGCUGCAAUCUCCCAGGUGGGGAGUCCCAGGUCAGCCUGUCUGACCUGACGUGCAGCGACAGCGCCUCGUCCUUCCAGUCCGUCAGUCAGACCUCGGCUCCGGAGAUCCUGGUGGGCCUGGUGUACAACGCCACCACCGGCCGCCUCUCUGUGGAAAUCAUCAAAGGCAUCCACUUCAAAAACCUGGCCGCCAACAAGCCACCCAACGGGCUGUUCUGUUGUCUCAAACACUUGGUAGGGGGACAGGUUUAUAUAAUCAGAGACACACUGGUGAAGCUGUCACUGCUGAACUCCAUGGGUCAUGAGAUGUCCAAGUGUAAGACGUCCGUCUGCCGGGGACAGCCCAACCCCACCUACAAGGAGACGUUCGUGUUCCAGGUGGCGCUGUUCCAGCUGUCCGACGUCACGCUCAUCCUGUCCGUCUACAACAAGCGCAGCAUGAAAAGGAAGGAGCUCAUUGGCUGGAUCUCCCUGGGCCUCAACAGUUCUGGGGAAGACGAGCUCAGCCAUUGGACGCACAUGAAGGAGGCCAAGGGACGGCAGGUCUGCCGCUGGCACAGCCUGCUGGAGUCUUAACGGGGUCGGGGGUCGUCCUGAUGUCUGUUAUAUUGUCCAUCAUGUUGUCCACCCUGUCUACCAGUUUGUUGUCAUGGUAACAGCAGGGAAGGACCAGAGGCUGGCCCAGUUCUCCCACUGACCCCAGUCCUCCCUCAGAGCUGCAGCUGCUCUAUUAGCCACUAGCUGUUAGCAUCAACUGGCUGGGUGUGCUCCUCUGGGUCAUCAUGUUAGAGGAAUUGAUGACAUCAUAAUGUGUCAGUUGGUUCUGAUUGACUUUCUACAGUUACUGGAAAACCAGUCUAUUGAGCUACUGGAGCUACUGGAGCUACUGGAGCUGACAUUUCUCCCAGUGAGGAUCCAGAUCAAAUCCAAACAUAUUUAGGAUUAAUGCUGAUUCUGUCUGACGUAGAGGUUCUCGGGUUCUGAUUCUGGUUUGGCUCAGGCUAAAUACAAAUAUAUUGAUAUAUAAAUUCAAUAAUAAUCAAUAAUCCAAUCAACUGCCAGAGAGGGAUUUGCUUAGCAGCAAACAUGUAAUUUACAUUUAAUAACAUAUUAAUUACAGUGCAAUAAGCUGUUAUUACAACAUGCACAUUAUCCUUUAUUGGCAACAAUGUUUGGUAAUAUUAUAUAAUUACUAUUAUAAUGUAACUAGUAGCAACAGCUUCUAACGAGACGUUAACUAGGUUUAGCUUAUUUUCUAAUUAUGUCAAUAAUCACAGAAACACAUUCAUGUUUACACAAUAAGAGUAAAUGACAUGAGCACAUUGAUCUGUUGUAUCUUUCAACAGCUUCUUCUUUUCAACUACUAAGUGAAUAAUUGUUGAAUGAUUGAUGUAACUAGUUGGUAGUAACUGUUUGUAAUAACAUGUUUAUAAAGGGUUAAGUCCUCAAUAACAUGUUCCUGAGUGAUUAUAUACUAUUACCAACUUAUUAAUAACUUACAUUUUAAUCAUUUCAUAUUCAGAUAAUUAAGGACAUAAACACCAAAUUUAGCUAAGAGGCCCUCACCUGUCCUACACCUGCCCAGGAGCCACUGCCUUAUCUGAGAUGGCCCCGCCCCCAGAGCACAGGCCCCGCCCCUCAGCAUGGAGCACAGAUAGCAAAGCUCUAGUGGGAGGGGCUACUGAAGCCUCAGGGGGAGGAGUUUCAGUCCCACAUAUGAAGCUGAUUGGUUCUGCAGAUCGUCUGCAGGUUUUCAUUAACAGCCAAGAGAAAAGUUUCCUGUGCCUGUGCUGAGUUUACAGAGUGUGUGUGUGUGUGUGUGUGUGUGUGUGUGUGUGUGUGUGUGUGUGUGUGUGUGUGUGUGUGUGUGAGAGAGAGAAGAGUAGGAUGUGAAUACUUAUUGCAGUGUUUCUGAUUGUGUGGCUUCUGCUUUCUCUCAGUGAUUGUUUCUAAUGUAUUUUUGUACUAAACAAAGGUGAGCAGAACCUCCGGUUCCCCCGGUCCUUUAAGACGGGUUGGAGUCCAGCUGGUUGGUUCCUUCACCUCAGCUGCUUCGCCUCCAAACUGCUGGAUGACACAAAUAUUCAUAGUUUUAUGCCAAAUCUAAUAAACUCAUUGACACAACAUGGAAAGAAAGUACAUUCCUGCAAAUGUAUUCCAACAUCAGACAGGGUAUUACUCAGAGAAACUCCUGGUAGCUGCUGAAGGUUAAAGGUCAUGACUAAUCUGUUUGGUUUGAAGGAGAAAGCUUUUUCACUAGAAACAAGAUGGCCGCCACAAGCUCCAACAUUUAUAUACUUUAUAUGCUGUUAAGAUAUUUCUGGUGGAUUUUGAAAAAUAUCCUCCAGAAAAAUGGAGAAUCUGUCAGAACUGAAAUCAACUGCUGAUAUUAGGCUCAGCUAGCCAAACGUUAGCUUCACUGACCAAGUUAGCUACACAUGUUAGCUUCACUGACCAAGUUAGCUAGCCAAACGUUAGCUUCACUGGCCAAGUUAGCUAGCCAAACGUUAGCUUCAUUUACCAAGUUAGCUAGAUACACGAUAGCUUCACUGACCAAGUUAGCUAGACACACGUUAGCU